AUGGCGUUUACUCGAGCCACUAAGCAUCAAGAAACUGAUACUGUACCAUCUGUUACGGAUAAGAUUACGGAUUUGGAUCUCGAUUGUGAUUCUGAUACUGAUGUAUCAAUUAGUUUUGAUGGAGAGAUGGAAACACCGGUUGAAAUCAAUUCAGAAGAAAUAAAGAAAGAUGAUGAUCGAAAUCAUGCACCACCAAUAUCUGAGCUUUUUGUGUUGCAUGAUGAACAGUCGGAUGUCGAAAUAGAGCCGCUUCAUAUUGCAACAGCAUUAAUUGCUCUCAAAUCCAGACAUCAUCUAUCACAAAGUUGCAUUGAGGAUAUUCUUGCUCUUCUAAGCAUACUCGGUAUUAAUACUCCAUCAAGCUACAAAGCAUUAUGCACGCUUCUUCGAAAACGAUCAAAAACACAUUUAAGUCCAUCAACACAUACGAUAUGUCCACAUUGUGAGAAUUUAUCACAUGAAGCAUACAGUUGUACGACAUGUGGUGCUAAGUAUUCACCUAUUUUACCGUCCAAAAUCCCCUUAUUUUACACGUAUAAUAUUUCACAGCAACUGGAAGCAAUACUCGCUACAUCACCCGAUUUAGUUUUACACAAUAAAAUUACUAUCAGAAAAACAGCAAUGAAGGAUAUAACUGAUGGCAAUGUGUAUGCUAGGUUAAUUGAAGAUGACUUGGGGCCAUUUAUUACUCUUACCAUGAAUGUCGAUGGUAUUCAGCCAAACAAGGGAUCCGAUCAGAGUAUAUGGCCGGUUUUAUUCGUCAUCAACGAGAUUAAAAGAAAGAAACGAUAUUCUCCCGAAAAUACAAUAAUUGCAGGAAUGUGGCCUGGGCCAUCGAAGCCAUCUCGUACUGAAAUAUUUUUUUUUUUUUAA